UAAACAUGUGUGUUCUCAAAACUCUGUGAUAAAAAUACUGCUUUUAACGCGUUUAUUUCAGUUAUUUUAUGCGUGUGUAAUAUUGAUAAGAAAAUCAACAAAAGGAUUAGACUAUUGAAUUAGAAAUGAAUUAUCUGAUAACAACGAAUGCGAUACACAUCUUUGCCUUGCUGCUCGGAUUUGGACAAGUAACAGCGCAAUGGUCCACAUGUACAAGGUCCUGCGGCGGAGGAACGCAAACAAAAAAGUCAUGCACAUUUUUUGGCGGGAAAUUUUGCAGUACAAUAUCAAAAGGAUGCAACGACUUCCCAUGUGUGACAGGUUGGGGUAUUUGGUCGCCAUGUACCAAGACAUGUGGCGGAGGACAUCGCUUUAAAGUCGAUCGUUGUGGUAACAGUGAUAUGUAUAAAUGCCCGAAGAAUUAUGAAGAUUGCAAUACACAGGCUUGUAAAGCAAUCAAAUGCCCACGCGGGCAGGUUUAUAGAUAUGGCGAGCUUUCUUCUUGUUGCAAACCAAGCAACGAACAAUGCGGAGUUCCAAAAAGAGUCUCUAGAAGAGUUUUCAGUGGAGAGCCGUCGAAACUAGGACAAUGGCCAUGGGCGGUUGUCAUAGUAAACAGGAAAAAACGCAUCACACAUUGCUCUGGAAAUCUUAUCCACCCGAAGUGGGUUCUAUCAGCAGCGCAUUGCAUGGUAGGAUACUCGGAGUCUGAUGUCUACGCUAUACUCGGAACCAGAACAAUUAAAAAGCCAGACAUAGGAUCUCAAACGACAGAUAUAUUGAAAUUCCAUCCACACAAAGAAUACACGGAUGAUAACCCUACAUACGAUAUCGGAUUACUAGAGAUAAAGAAAACAGCAGUCAUCAACUCAAAUGUGAAACCAGUUUGCCUUCCAAGCGGAGAUAGGCCGUCAAUUGAUCAAUCCUGUGUCGCAGCUGGGUGGGGAAUUGCGGACGCACAAGGACUUAUAACAGAUACUCCAUCUGAUUAUCUAAUUCACGUUGGACUUCGCAUUUUGCCUAUAGAUGCCUGCAAAUCUGCUUUGGCAAGAUAUUACGAGACGCAAUACAUCACAGAGAAACAUAAUCUAUGUGCUGGUCGUUAUGAAGGCGACAAAGAUACGUGCAGGGGCGACAGCGGAGGACCCGUUAUAUGUCAGCGAUGCCAGACCUGUGGGUGGUAUUUGGCGGGAACAACAGUUUACGGAGCGAGAUAUUGCGGUCUUGAAAACAAGCCUGCGAUUUACAUGAAUAUAAGAAAUUUUCAAUAUUGGAUAGAACAAAAAGUUCCUAUCAAGUCAAGUGGUUUCUUUGUUUGUUAAUUGAAAUCUUUUUAUUUAUUUUUUGUUGGUUUGUGUGCAAUUUUGAUUAUAGAAACAAGUUUUGUGAAAAGAACAGAAUGAAUUUUAAUUAUUAUCGUGACCAGACAGUUUUUAUUCGGUACACCCGACGU